UGGCGCGCGUUCUCUCUCCGAGAAUCAACCUACUAGUGGGGCCCCACCAACUACACAACCGAGCCUCCCUUCCCACUCUCUACAACGCAUACAGCCUACCGAGAUGUUACCGCUUCCUGACAUGCAGUAAUCACCUACUCUUUCCCCUCCACCGCAGAUACCCUUUUCUACAGUAGGUUCACAGCUACCCCAGUUACACUCCGACCCCCGCGAACUCCUUCCCUCCUCUUCUCCUACGCACACAGUCUUCUCCGCUCGUAAUGAUGAACCUGAUGAUCUCUCCACCGAAGUAAUGCUCCAAGACCUCUCUGAAUAUAUCACCAAGGAUGGAGACUAUCCUAUUACUCGUGGCGGGUUUGGGGAGAUCUGGAAAUGCACCUAUCGUAGCUCGGUCAAAGUCGCAGUGAAAGCAUUACAGGUGUACGCUGAUGAUCAACUUGGGCCAGCAAAGGUGAAAAAGAUCAAGAGGAUAAAGCGUGAACUCAGAAUAUGUGCCAACCUCAAGCAUACAAAUAUUCUACCAAUUUUUGGUUAUACGCAUGGCUUCGGCCCAUUUCCAGCGAUAGUCAGUCCUUGGGCGGAGAACGGUAACCUGAUAGUCUAUUUAGAGCGCGAGGGUGCGGCUCUUACUCUCGUUAGACGAUUCCAGCUGCUAAGAGAUAUCAUAGCUGGUCUGCAACAUCUUCAUGCCAACAAUGUCAUUCAUGGUGACUUUAAUGGGCCUAAUGUGCUCAUCCAUGGUGAUGGCACUGCGUGUGUUGCUGAUUUUGGUCUUUCCUUGAUGUAUUCCGAGGUUAUAACCGCCUCUCAGGCAUCCUGGACGUCCACGCUCAAAGGAAACAUGCGAUGGAUGGCUCCUGAACUGCUUAUACCAGAGCGGGAAGACGGAUCUCCAACUCGUCCGAGCGAGCAGAGCGACAUCUUUUCGUUUGGUGGUAUCAUGUUGCAGGUCCUCACCAACAAGAUCCCUUAUUAUUACCUCCCGAAUGACGCCGCCAUCGUCCUAUGCAUAGCUAGGUCAGAAAAGCCUUUCCGAUCUCGUUAUCCUGGGCUCCCUGAAAAGUAUUGGCGAUUUAUCGAGCAAUGUUGGUCUACUAAUCCUCGGGAUCGCCCAUCGACGGACGGAGCUGAUGUGACGAUCAGGGAUGAAUUUGACUCGUUGUCAAGAUCUUGUUGAUUCUUGAACUGUUUUGCAUUCAAUGAUAGGUUUA